UCAGGAUUAUUGUCCACCGGUUUGAGUGACUGACUGAGGGAGUGAGCGUCUCCAAAGUUUAACCGGCCUCACGUUUAUUCCCUCCUGCUACGCGUCGGGCUGUUGAGCAAACAACCAAACACCGAACCAGACUGACCUGUGGACGACAGGGACGCGCGGAGACGCGGAGAGGAGCCUGGGCUCCAGGAGGACAAGACCCGAAAGUUUUUAAAGGACUCCUGGUGUCUCUGCUGGAGGAGUAACCCAUGAAACAAAGAGUCAAUUUACUACUGUAGCUCCGCACUGACCUACUGGCUGACUGUCCUCCAUCCUGCAGAAGCUCAGGAGGAAGAUCAUGGACUGAAACUCUCGGAUCUGCUUCCUCAUUUUGCGUGGAAUCACACUAACAACACAUGAGUUGGAUUGACCGGACGCGCGGUUUCCAUACAGUAAAUCCUCGGGGAUUAAAAUAACGAGGGCAAUGGAUAAUUUCUUCACAGAGGGUGACCGGGUGUGGUUACGGGAGGAUGAGCAGUACCUUCCCAGCACCGUGUCCUCAUGCUCUGGAGGUGUUGUUGUCUUUGCCACAGACUAUGGCCAGGUGUACCCCUACAAGCAGAAUGCACUGUCCCGACAGAAGGUGCAGCCCAUGCACCACAGCAGCAUCAGAGGGGUGGAGGACAUGGCGACGCUCGAGGACCUUCACGAUGGCGCCAUCAUGCACAACCUCUUCCUGCGCUACCAGCAGAGACACAUCUAUACGUACAUCGGCUCCAUCCUGGCAGCGGUGAACCCUUACCAGCCGCUCCCCGGCCUGUACGACCGGCCGGCCGUGGAGCUGUACAGCCGACACCACCUUGGUGAAAUCUCCCCACACAUCUUUGCCAUCGCUAACGAGUGCUACCGCUCGCUGUGGAAGAGGCUGCAGAACCAGUGUGUCCUGAUCAGUGGAGAGAGCGGCGCUGGGAAAACAGAAAGCACCAAGCUGAUCCUGAAGUUCCUGUCGGCCAUGAGCCAGCACUCCCUGGAGGUAUCGUCCAGAGACAGGACGUCACAUGUGGAGGAGGCGCUGCUGGAGAGCAGUCCCAUCAUGGAGGCCUUUGGAAACGCCAAGACAGUCUACAACAACAACUCCAGCCGCUUUGGGAAGUUUGUCCAGCUGCAUUUCAGCCAGAAGGGCAACAUCCAGGGAGGCAGAAUCGUUGACUACCUCUUAGAAAAGAAUCGAGUGGUCCGGCAGAACCCAGGGGAGAGAAACUACCACAUCUUCUACGCCCUGUUAGCAGGAACCAACACCCAGCAGAGAGAGGCGUUCGGGUUGACCCACCCUGACAGCUACCAUUACCUGAGACAGUCCAGCUGCCUCGCUGACAAGACAAUCAACGACAACGGCAUUUUUCAGGAUGUUCUGAAUUCCAUGCGAACGAUGCAGUUCACAGAGGAGAACAUUGGGGAGAUCCUGCGCCUCCUGGCCGGUAUCCUCCACGCAGGGAACAUCGAGUUCAUGACGGCCGGAGGAGCGCAAGUCUCCUCCAAGUCAGCAGCUCUCAGCCGGACGUCUGACCUCCUGGGGCUGAACUCAGAUCAGCUGGCAGAGGUCCUGACCCAUCGGUCCAUGAUCCUCAGGGGCGAGGAGAUCUCCACACCGCUCACUGUGGAACAGGCGGUGGACUCCAGAGACUCCAUGGCCAUGGCACUUUAUUCUCAGUGUUUCAACUGGAUCAUCCGCAAGCUCAACAACCGCAUCAGGGGCAAAGAAGACUUCAAAUCCAUCAGCAUCCUGGACAUCUUUGGAUUUGAGAACUUUGAGGUCAACCGCUUUGAGCAGUUCAACAUCAACUAUGCAAAUGAGAAGCUUCAGGAAUAUUUUAACAAGCACAUUUUCUCCCUGGAGCAACUUGAAUACAACAAGGAAGGCCUGGUUUGGGUCGACAUCAACUGGAUGGACAACGGAGAGUGUCUGGAUCUGAUCGAGAAGAAACUGGGUCUCCUGGCACUGAUGAAUGAGGAGAGUCACUUCCCCAAAGCCACAGACGACACCUUACUGGAGAAACUCCACAGCCAGCACUCAAAAAACUCUUUCUAUGUGAAACCACGUGUUGCUGUGCACUACUUUGGAGUCAAGCACUAUGCAGGAGAGGUGGUGUACGAUGUGAGGGGGAUGUUGGAGAAGAACAGAGACACUUUCAGAGAUGACAUCCUCAACCUGCUGAGGGAGAGCAGGUUGGACUUUGUCUACGAUCUGUUUGAGCAUGUAUUGAGCCGAAACAAACAGGACACUCUGAAGACCAGCUCCAAGCACAGACGGCCCACAGUCAGCUCCCAGUUUAAGGUUUCUUUGCACUCCCUAAUGGCCACACUAAGCACUUCCAACCCGUAUUUCAUUCGAUGCAUCAAACCAAAUACACACAAGAUGCCUGACCAGUUCGACCAGACGUUGGUUCUGAACCAGCUCAGAUAUUCCGGCAUGUUGGAGACGGUCAAGAUUCGACGCACCGGCUUCCCCAUCCGGAGACCUUUCCAAGACUUCUGUUCCAGGUACAAGGUGUUGAUGCGGGACGUGAUGAUGCCGGAUGACCCCAGGGGGAGCUGCAUCCAGCUGCUGCACCUCUUUGACAGCAGCAGUGCAGAGUGGCAGCUGGGCAAGACCAAGGUCUUUCUUCGGGAGUCUCUGGAGCAUCGGCUGGAGAAGCAGAGGGAGAUGGAGGUGCUGAAGGCAGCCAUGAUCAUCCAGGCCCACGUCAUGGGCUACAUGGCCAGGAAGCAGUACAGGAAGCUGCUGCAGUGCACUGUGGUCAUUCAGAAGAACUACCGGGCUUUCUACUGGAGGAGGAAGUUCCUGCUCCUCCGCUGGGCAGCGCUCACCUUCCAGAAAUGUGUGCGAGGCCAGCUGGCCCGCCGGGCCUACAGCCAGCUACUGGAGGAGAGGAGGAGGAGGGAGGAGGAGGAGCGCUGCAGGAGGAUGGAGGAGGAGAUGGAGAGGGAGAGACAGAGGCUGGAGGCUGACAGACUUGCCAGAGAGGCUGAGGAGGCUAGAAGACUGGAAGAGCUUCAUCACGCUGAGGCGUUAACCUCUCAGCCUCAGCCUGCAUUAGCAGCUGCAACAUCACCAGACACCUUGGAGGAGCUGGAGUCAGCAGAGGCCCUGGAGGAGGCAUCUGAAGAAGUGGAGGCAGUCCGUCCUCAUGAGGCGUCUCAGGUGGAGGAGAUCCUGCGACUGGAGCGGGAGAUCCAGGUGCUACAGAGGCAGAAGGAGCGUCAGGAGCUCUCUCUGACUGAGGCCUCCCUCAACCGCCUGCAGCUUCUCCGUGACCAGGAGCUCAGGCGUCUGGAGGACGAAGCCUGCAAGGCAGCGCAGCAGUUCCUCGACUCGCUGAACUUCGACGAGAUCGACGAGUGUGUGAGGAACAUUGAGAGCUCAUUGGGAGUCGGCGAAGGGGAUGAGAAGGAAAGAGAGGGUGGACGGAGGAGAGGCAACGAUGAGGAAGAGGUGGACGAAGGGUUUGGGGCUGAUGAUGAGGCCUUCAAAGACUCGCCGAACCCGAGCGAGCACGGCCACUCAGACGGCCAGCGGACAAGUGGGAUCCGAACGAGUGAUGACUCGUCUGAAGAAGACCCAUAUGCUAAUGAUGGUGUGAUCCCACCACUGCCACCAACCACCCUGCUUCACCAGCCGCUGCCUUUACCACCGUUGCCCCCCGCCUGCCACAGCGCCUCAUCCAGCGGGGACUCAGCCUACUGCCACCCCCAGGCUUCGUUUGAGGCUCAGUCCGAUGACCUGGUGGAGCUCAUACCGCCAGACGAGGAUUCGGACUACGAUCAGGAUGACUACGAUGAGGGCGCCAUUGUGUCCAGUGGCAGCGUGGCCUUCUCCAACCCUCGCAGCGGCCAGUGGUCUCCCGACUACCGCGGCUCUGUAGGCACCUACAACAGCUCAGGGGCUUACCGCUUCAGCUCGGAGGGGGCUCAGUCAUCGUUUGAGGACAGCGAGGACGAUUUUGACAGGUUCGACACCGAUGACGAGUUGUCGUAUCGGAGAGACUCAGUCUAUAGCUGCGUCACGCUCCCAUACUUCCACAGCUUCCUCUACAUCAAAGGCGGUCUGAUAAACACGUGGAAGCGGCGCUGGUGCGUUCUGAAGGACGAGACCUUCCUGUGGUUUCGGGCCAAGCAGGAGGCCCUGAAGCAGGGAUGGCUGCACAAGAAAGGAGGGGGCUCGUCUACGCUGUCCCGCCGCAACUGGAAGCGCCGCUGGUUCGUGCUGCGGCAGAGCAAGCUCAUGUAUUUUGAGAAUGACGGCGAGGAGAAGAUGAAGGGGGUGCUCGAUAUGCACAAUGCCAAAGAAAUCAUUGAUAACACCGGUAAGGAGAAUGGAAUCGACAUUGUGAUGCCAGAGAGGACCUACCAUCUGAUCGCCGAGUCUGCUGAGGACGCCAGCCAGUGGUUCAGCGUGCUGAGUCAGGUCCACAGCUCUACAGAACAGGAGAUCAGAGAGAUGCACGAUGAGCAGGCCAACCCCCAGAAUGCUGUGGGAACGUUGGAUGUGGGGAUGAUCGAUUCGGUUUGUGCGUCAGAUAAUCCAGAGAGGCCGAACUCCUUCGUCAUGAUCACAGCGAACCGCGUGCUGCACUGCAACGCCGACACGCCCGAGGAGAUGCACCACUGGAUCACUCUGCUGCAGCGCUCCAAAGGAGACACCCGCGUCGAUGGACAGGAGUUCAUCAUCCGAGGCUGGUUGCACAAAGAGAUGAAGAACAGUACAAAAGCCUCACUGAAGCUGAAGAAGCGCUGGUUCCUGCUUACCCACAAUUCCCUGGACUACUAUAAGAGCUCGGAGCGUAACGCCCUGAAGCUGGGAACAUUGGUGCUGAACAGCCUCUGCUCAGUGGUUCAGCCGGACGAAAAGGUCUUCAAAGAGACCGGCUACUGGAACGUGAUCGUGUACGGGCGUAAACACUCGUACCGUCUCUACUGCAAGCUGCUGAAUGAGGCCACACGUUGGGCCAACUCCAUUCAGAAUGUCAUCGACACCAAAGUCCCCAUCGACACGCCGACCCAGCAGCUCAUCCAGGACAUCAAGGAGAACUGUCUGAACUCAGAGGUGGUGGAGCAGAUCUACAAGAGGAACCCCAUCCUUCGCUACAGCCACCACCCGCUGCACUCACCGCUGCUGCCACUGCCCUACGGAGACAUCCACCCCACCGCUCAGAGAAACAGAAGCUACACAACGCUGCAGGAAGAAGCCCUCAAAGUGUUCAGCUCUCUGCAGCACCUGGAGGGCGUGGCCGAUCCAGUGCCCAUCAUCCAGGGCAUCCUGCAGACCGGCCAGGAGCUCAAACCUCUGCGGGAUGAGCUCUUCUGCCAGCUGAUCAAGCAGACGACGCGUCCACCACAGCCUGGCAGCCCCGGGAACCUCUGCAGCUGGAAGAUCCUGUCCUGCAUGUCCUGCACCUUCAUCCCCACCAGGAGCAUCCUCAGAUACCUGAAGUUCCACCUGAAGAGGACUCGAGAGCUCUUCCCCGGCUCGGAGAUGGAUCGUUACGCCGCCUUCUCCCUCGACUCCCUGAGGAAGACUCGGGCCAGAGAGAACGUCCCGUCGCAGGAGGAGAUCCGCUCCAUCGUGGCCCGGCAGGACAUGAGCACCACAGUUCACUGUCAUGGAGGAGGAUCCUGCAAGAUCACCAUCAAUUCACACACAACAGCCGGAGAGGUGGUGGAGAAGCUGAUCCGCGGCCUGGCCAUGGAGGACAGCAGGAACAUGUUCGCUCUGUUUGAACACAACGACACGACAGAGAAAGCCAUCGAGAGCCGCACGGUGGUGGCCGACGUGCUCGCCAAGUUUGAAAAGCUUUCAGCCAGCCCAGACGAACACAACACCGGCUGGAAGUUUUACUUCAAGCUCUACUGCUUCUUGGACACAGACAAUGUUCCCAAAGACAGCGUGGAGUUCGCCUUCAUGUUUGAACAGGCCCAUGAAGCCGUCAUUCGUGGUCAGUAUCCGGCCCCUGAGGAGACUCUUCAGUUCCUGGCUGCUCUGAGACUUCAGUACCUCCUGGGCGAUCACAGCUCCCACGUCAACGUCCCUGAAAUGUCCCAGGUGUUCCCCAUGGUGCGAUUGCGGACGCGGGUGCAGAACUCGGCCAAGACGUUCGCUCCGGGCACCGGCUCAGUGGCCGACCGCUCGGGGACGUCAGAGAGGAAACGCUCGAGCUUCCUGGAGGGAACGCUGAGGCGGAGCUUCAGGAGCGGUUCGCUGAGUCGGCAGAAACUGGAGGAGGAGAACAGCUUGGAGGUGUGGAUGAGGGAGGAGGCGGCAGCGGUGAGAACCAGCGUGAUGGACAAGUGGAAGAAACUGCAGGGGAUGAACCAGGAACAGGCCAUGGUCAAAUACAUGACUCUGGUGAAAGAGUGGCAGGGAUACGGAUCCACGCUGUUCAACGUCGAGUGUCGGGACGGAGCGUUCCCCUCCGAGUUGUGGUUGGGCGUGAGCCGGGAGGCCAUAUCGGUGUACAAACGAGGGGAACCGUGGCCUCUGGAGGUUUUCCCAUAUGAACAGAUUCUCUCCUUCGGAGCUCCGCUGCCCAACUCCUACAAGAUCGCCGUGGAGGGCCGGGAGCUGGUCUUUGAAACGCAAAUGGUCAUGGACAUCGCCAAGUUGAUGAAGGCCUACAUCAGUAUGAUCGUCAAGAAGCGUUACAGCAACUCUCAGUCCGUCAGCAGCCACGGCAGUCAGUGUAGCGCCUGGUGAACUCCGCCCUUUAACCUUUGACCUUAUGGCCACUUGCCAGAGUGCCGCAGAGGGUCGAGCAUGGCCACCGCUGGCUGCGCAUGGACGCCCGUCCUCGGCGCUCUGGAGAGAGCAGCUCGUACAUUUGAGAUGUCAGACUGACUGUGAAUGCUGGAGACAAACCACAAUGCUCUUAAUGUUGACUAGCUCAAUUUUUAUUUUAUUUUUUGACUGGUUUCAUUCCAAAACAUUAAACAUCCACACCUGAUAGAUCAGAACUAGAUCUGCUAAAGUGUCCUUGAAUGAUAACCGCAAAACUCUCUUUACCCAAAAGGAGAAUUUCCCAGCUGUGAUUGGGAAUAUGUUUGUGGCCAAGUGUGUACUGUCCAAAACCAUGGACGUGCUGUGGAUAAAUCUCCAUUUAGCACUCAGGAAAGCCACCUAGGAAGUAGAUGAAACCAGGAAAAGUUGUUCAUCUCUUUGUUUAAAGACAAAAUUUAAAAUAUGGUGGACUUUGUUGCCGAGGUGGAAGAGGAAGUGAUUGGCUCGAUGGCGGUACAGACCAACAAGCCUUCAACAAGGAGCUGCACACAGUUGCCGUGAUCUCAGAUUACAACAUUUGAUAUUACAAAAAGGUAUGCACUAGGGGUGGGCGGACUGAUUUCACCAACACUAAGUCUUGUUUUGAGUAUCGAUACUAGCGUCAAUAGGACUGAUACCAAAAUAAUGGAGCUGUCUCAUGUUAGAUUAAUUUCUGGGCAUGUUAAAAUUAACAGAAUCAUUUUAAAAAGUACGGAUAUCAGUAUCGAUAGCAGUGAUUCUGGACCUGGUAUCGGCCACUGCUUGUAUGUACCAAGUCCUCUUGCAAGCCACUAUGACAUAUCGCAGAGGUUUGUGUUGGUGCACAGGAAAGCCUGUAGACCAGUGCAAAUGCCAUGCAGAGGCCGUAAGUCUGCAUUAACAGAGAGCAUGAACAACUGUAACUGUGUCUCAGGACAAAGAGUGAGAAUGUAAAGCAGACCGAUUACAAGAAACAACCUGAAAACACUUAGAUUAUCAUAAUGAUAAGACAUCUGAUAGCAAGCAGGUUCCAUCGCAUAGAAAGUCAAGGAAUAAAGCUCAUAAUCAAUCACCAGAAGAGUGCAGACAAGUCAUCACGCUGAGCUUAAGUUGCAGAAAUUUGAAUCUUUUUUUGAUUGUUAGCUUUUCAUAAUCUCUCCCCAACAAACAAGCUACGUGAGUCAUGUAACUUUACACAGACAAAACCAUGAACCCUACUUUGUUUGCCAGUGCAAACAUAUAAAGCCCGGAAGUUAUCAAUGGGAAAAAAAGUUGAUCUAUCAACCUCAGUAUCCUUAUUUUUAAGUUAUGUAACAUUGCAUUAAUUAAUUAGCCUCCUGAAACCAUGAACUCAAGCACCUUGUAUCUAAGGUUUUAUGAAUGUCAAUGGCAUGUACAGAAUUAGCAACCUUCUUACAGUGAAACAAUCUGUUAUCCCUUAAAAAACAUUUAAGGUGUGGUCUAAGACAACACAAUGUUGUGUUUUCAGCUAAAUCCAGAAGUGUAUCCACGUAUCUUAGUGCACUAUCAAAAUAAAACUGCAUUAACGUCAAGUGGCCCAUAGUGUUUACAACAAGAAUAAAUUGAAUGAAGGCUAGUCUAGUCAUUUGAGGACACAAAUGAUUACACAAUAACGAAAGUAUAUCACAAACAAUUUAUCAAAACUUUUCCUCCUGACACCUACUGGGCUGGUAACAUAGCCAAAGAUGCUACAAAUUCAACUUUCCCGCUGUUUCUCAGACCAAAGAAAACCAGCUGAAGGUUUAACACAACUCUGUUUUCUCAUCAGUUCACUCUAAAAGUGCAGAUGUGUCUUGUUUUGGAAUAAAACAGUUAAUUUCCUCCUGAUGCUAAUGUGCUGUGGCACUACAAGGACUGUUGUUGCAGAAUGGGGCUAUUUGUUACUGAGGGGUGUGUGUGUGUGUGUGUGUGCGUGUGUGUGAAGAAGAUAGGCAAAAGAAAAUAGUUGAAGCCCACAAGCCUUUUCCUCUGCUUUUAAAAACUCUGGGACUUGACCUUCUAUACAAACAUUAUCCAGGACGUAAAUACUGUAAAUAAUAUGCAACUGUACUCGUCUCAAGCAUUUCAAGUUUGUGAUUGAUUGUUUUGAUUGAUUUGCUGAUAAUACGAAAGUCACACAAGUGCCUGUUCAAACUAAAGCAGGACAAACUCAAGUCAGACUUUGUCUUAUCGAUGCCACUCUUGUUCCUGUGUAACCAGAAUCUGGAAGGUGAGCCCACGUUUCUACUACCAAUGUACUUUUACACUGCAGAAUCUGUCCAGCUCCGCAAGUCAUUCAAGCUAUUGAAAUUCAGUUUUUCUAGAAACAAAUUUGUUAAUACCGGCAGCAUAUGUCAAAACGCCCACAUCUGUUGUUUUUGUGUGUGCAACGUCUUGAUGCACAUUAACUCGACGCGGUGCACCACUGUUCAGAGAACUAGGUUUGGGCCAUAUGGCAAUCUAUAUAUACUGUAAGAUAAUGUAGAUAUCAGCAGACUUUCUUAUACUGCUUACCGAAGUAUGUAUACUUUUAAUAUCUCUGGUUUUAUUAGCUUAUUGUUGGCAAGGCAACAAAUCAUUGCACUGAACUGCUUUACGGUAAUAUUGGAUUUUUAUGUGAUUUUUGUAACAAUGUGAUGAAGUGCAUUGAUUUGUCAGUAAUCUAAUUUGCUGGAUUAGCCAAAAUCUAACAUUCCUGUCUGGUUAUUUUGUCCAUAAACACUUUCUCAAUCAAUUCUCCGGAACUAUAUCUCAAUAUAAAAGUGUAUAUACUAAAUACAACAUUUAAUCCAUAUCACCCGCUCUUAAUAAGAACCAAGGACUUGUUGCCAUUGUUAUUUUUGAAUUGUAACAACACAAACAUCCCCUUUAAACUAAAGAGGCUUACUGGAAUAUACAGUAUAUAUAUCCAUAUUUUGGGCUUUUUUUAAUAAGUUUGGAGAGUUUUUUUGUGUUUUUCUUACAAAACAGUAACACAGGAAAAAAAACACAUACUAAGAGAUAGAUCAUUCAUCUGUUUUGACUACAGAUGAUUCUCUUUUCCAGUGUACAUAAUUGCUUCCCCACACCUGCAAAGCACUUACAAAUGCACAAGAACCACAAAAUAUGACUGAAAGCCAGAAAUUGUCAUUUUCAUCGAACCCUUGAGAGCAGUUAUUGUGUGCGGUAUAAGGUAACUUAGACUGCGAUGAUUAAAACAUUAGAAGUCAGCGGUGGAUUUUGAUGCGAUCAGUCAGAUUUUAGUUUGAAUGACUUGCUCAGUUGGACUGUUUGCAGUGUAACAUUCCUACAACAUUUCACUGGAGCUCCGCGGGCGGCAGAUCCAUCCAAAGACGAGCGUGCAGGUUUCUUCCACAGUGCCUUGUUGUAUAUUGUGUACACUUAUUUUGUUUUCCAUGUGUGGUUCCUUAUUAUUUUGGUAUAAUGUGCAAUGUUAUAUAUAUUAUAUAAUCAUGUGGCUGUACAUUUUAUACUGUAAGUCUUUGCCUUCAAUUUUUUCUCCUGAAUGACCACAUGGCGAUUUUCUCAAUAUAAAAAUCUUGCUGUAUUUUUCUCAAUGCAACUAUCCAACUGACAGUGGAUCUUUGACACAAUACUGGUAUCUUGUUUUUUUUAUCUGUAUUAGCUGUGUUAUGUAUUGAAAGGAUGAUUCUAACAAUAAAUGGUUACAUAUUUGGUCUGAAGGUA